AUGGUAUCCAUUAGAUAUCCCGUGUUAAUUUUAUUUGUCCUCUCACUUAUCGGUGCCUGUUACUUGGGCUUUGCACUGAUCCAUUUACCUUACGAUAAGCUAAUUCACUUUUCAACAUUUUGCCUUUUAACCUUGGAGUUUUUCUUUGUGUUUGAUACACAGUACAAGUCUUUAAAAGUGUUGAGAAACAUCACAUUAAUUAUCUGUACAUUUGGCGGAAGUGUGGGUCUGGAAAUAAUACAGAACCUAGUCAACCCAAAAAGAGUAUUUGACGUUUAUGAUAUAGUGGCCAAUAUCCUAGGGAGUCUUUUAGGAUUGGGGAUUAGUGUUGGUUAUGUCACUUGGAGUAAAAACAGGGCCAGACAUAAAAGGAGUAGUUACAGACAAUUAAACACACAUAUCAUUGAAGCAUCAGAAGAUGACGGCGAGGAAAGCACAGACCAGAACUCCCUAGAUAUUCGAGAGAGAGCUGAUACUCAAUCAUUUACAAAUGAAGAUUACGUUAACAUUCAAUUAGAAGAUGUAAAACACUAG